UGCUUUGUCCUGAUCAUGACUUCAGGCCAGAUGUGGAACCACAUUAGAGGACCACCUUAUGCGCACAAGAACCCCAGCACUGGACAAGUUAGUUACAUCCAUGGCAGCAGUCAGGCCCAGUUUGUGGCUGAGACACACAUCGUCCUACUCUUCAAUGCUGCUGUUACCAUGGGAAUGGUGCUGCUCUGUGAGGCCGCUACCUCUGACAUGGACAUUGGAAAGAGGAAAAUUAUGUGUGUAGCAGGUAUUGGUCUGGUGAUGCUGUUCUUUAGCUGGCUGCUGUCCAUUUUCAGAGCAAAGUACCAUGGAUACCCAUACAGCUUCCUGAUGGGUUAGAGCUGACCUCUCCAACUUCACACCAAGUAUGAACAGGAAGUUCCCCAAAGUGCUGUCAACAAGCAGGGUGCUGUCCAUGACAAUGCCACAUUUCUGUUUGCUAAACCAUGGCUUGUCUUCUAAUCUGUUGAGCCAAAAGUGUGUAUCAACACAUACACACACACACACACACACACACACACACACACAGUGCCUUUAUAAAGACUUAUCAAGCAAACAGAGCCAUCACUAGUAUGCAUUCUAAACUGUCUUGUGCCAAAAUGUGUUUUCUAGAUUCAUAUUUGGGAAUAGUUUUUCAGUCUCCUAGUGGACACAAAUUUCAGUAUGUAUCUUUAUUUUUUAAACAGGCCAUUAAAUCUGUUGUGUUUGUUUGUUUCUGAACUUGAACCAGGAUAUGACAUUUUUGGAGAACAAAGUGCAAAGUUCAGGCAUCCAGAGUUUCUGGAAAUAAGUCUUUUUAGUAACAUCUUAUACGGGUCUUGUAAUAGCUUAAUAAUGUCCUAGGAAGUUUUCUGGAAAGACAAUUUGGUACUACAUUUAGGGAAAUGUUUUUCUGUAAUAGUAGACUACUCUUGUAUCCACUUAACAGAUUUAAACAGGUCCUCUAUACAUAGAAAAAAAUAGGCUUGGCCAGAGUUGAAAAGCAAUUGUUGAUUGCAGAUAUCCAUUUAUACCCAAUUAAAUAUGUAUUUAUUACUGGAAAAAUAAUUCUCCAUAUAUGUUGAAUUGUAUGCUUGCCUGUGACCCAUAUUUUACAUGUUUUCAUGUUCAGCUGACCUGUGCUCUGAAUACAUGACAGGGUUAUACCAGACAUUGAUAAUCAUAUAUACCAAUUGAACACUGUCCAUUUUCUAUUGUUUAAUGGGUCCAAAUUAAAUUUUUCUUACGAGCACCCUUUCUAGGUAUUUACAGUUCAGUUUGUUUCUUGGCGGUGAUUGGCUAGUUGCAUCACUGCAACGUGACACAGGUGUGGAAAACAAUAGGAUACGGUUCUAUUUUCCACUUGAAAGCAGAAGUUAAUUUCACUUAAAUAUUCUGAAUCAUGAAUUAAGCAACUAUUGUGUGCAUGGUUGAAUUAACUGUGAAAUUAGUCCUGGGGCAAAAAUGAGCUGAUUAGUCCUCAUUAACACCCAUUGCUCUUGACUGAAUAUGCAGUGUGAACCAUGCUGUUUGGUAAUUUCAUUAAAAACAUUAACAUAAACUGUGUACCAGUGAAGGUGUUAAAUCUAACGCCACCUUUGCAUUAACUUGUCAAAAAACUUAGUUUCCCUUGUACGUAGAUAAGGAACUUGUUUCCACACAUCCAAUCAAGAGCCCCAGACCUUUAAACAACAACCACAUUAGCUUUCCUGUUAAAGUGUCUUCUAAUCUAAUUUACCAACCUGAACACACAUCUUGUCCUGCGGACUAAAACAUUCACCGGGGGCAAUGCAGUUUGUAAGUAUUUAGACCAGUUUACCAAACCAAAGGUAUUAAAAAAGUGAUUUGAUAGUAACAAAGUAGAAAUACUUAUAACCAAUGGUCAUAACAUAGGUAUAUAAAGUAUUGAUUAAACUGAGGUUAUCAUUUAAAGAAAAGGUUUCAAAUGCAGAUUUUUACUGGAUAAAAUGCUUGCAGAGCCUGCAGCUUCACCCACUCUGCUCCUCUAUAAGCUAUAUGUGCCUUAACACUGCUGAGCCGCUGGGGUGUGUGUUGACAUGUUGAAUUAACUGAAUAAAGAAUGAUAAAAAAUAGUGAUUAAUUGUCAGGUGAUUUUAAUAAAUCUUAGGGCAGUCUGAACUGGAAGCAGUUCAAUUAUUCAUCUCUACUCCCACUCAGUGAUGGUUAGUGUAGGGUGUAAAAAAAGUAACACUUUACAGGAUUCAAAUUAAUUACUACUUCGUGGUAGAUGCACAAGUAAAAUUUUAUUUAAUUUUUCUUUCUUCUCACUCGGUUUGUUAUGACCCUAUUUGGAAUUCAAUAGUAAAAAUUACUAGUAGGGGGAGGGAUGGUUUUAUGAAGUUUACCCCCCACCCCAAUUCAUUUUCAAAUUGCCAAAUAAGAAAGCAAUUUGUAGAAAACACGGUUUAAUCAACUCACUGAAUGGUGAAAAUGGUGUCUGUUUUUUUUGUUUUUGUCUUUUAAAUCAAACCACUUCCACUAUAAGUAAUUAGUGUUUGAAUUUAUCAAGUCACUUGACAGUAAAUCAUAUUUCAAAUACGUUUUGUAUAAUGUACCUUUUUAUUUCCACCUGUAAAAGGUUUUCAGUAAGGUUUGCAAGUCAACUUUUCAAACUUCCUGUUGUUAAAAGAUGAUUUUUGUUCCUUUUAUUAAGUAAAAAUGAACUAAACCCCAAAGCAAUGUGAGAUUUUAGAGUUUGUAUACAUCAAGAGAAAUAUGCAAACUCAUUUAUUAGGAUACUUAAUCAGAAGCAUAAAUUUUUUUUGUUAUGUAAAACCAAGUGCUUUAAAUGUUUAUGGUUGCUUUAUAAGGUUGUAUCAGGGAAGAAUAUUUUAUCCGAGGUGAACAUUUCAAUAUUAAAGUGCCUUGACCGCC